AUGGACAGCCAAUUACAUAAGCGGGCCAUUACAUCAUCCACACAAUCCGAUUCCGAGUCCCCUCCCAGGCCAGGCCUCCAGCUUCUUCUUUCUCCGCCCAAACCGACGGAUAUGCAAAGCACCUCGCCCGUGACAGAUCCCCUCGCUAUCCUACCGCCAGAGCUGGUCCUCCGUGUGCUGGAGUUCGCCUCGCUCUCCACUGUUGCUUCUCUGACCGCUGUUUCCAAAGCCUGGCACCGAUUCAUCGAGCUCACACACCAAGACGCCAUCUACUCCGUCCUUUUGAAAGCGUUCACCCCUCCCGGCCCCACCUUCUCGCGAUGGUUCGACGAUACCGUGUCUGCAAAGCGCCAAUGCGAACGGCAGAGACUACUUGCAUACAACUGGGCGGCCGACAUACCGGUGACACGUGAGCGUGUAUUACAAGUUGGGAACAAUCCAGUGUGGCGCUUUCGGGCGGACCUGAAGCGUCGGUUUGUGGUGUCGACUUCUCAUGCCGGCGGGCUCAACGUUACCGAUAUAGAUUCAGGCGAAAUCCUAUGGCAACUGCCGUCCACUCUCGACACCGACAACGAGCACGCUGUUCGCCCGUAUGCGCAUCUAGAAUAUCAGGAUGGGAUGGUGGUAUUCGACCGCGAAGGAGACGCGGUGGAAGUAUGGCAAGCAGACGUGGACGAUGCUCCACGCGGAGAAUUUCGUCGCAUUGCAGUCCUGGAUCAUGAUUGUCAGACAAGAGGCUUUCAGCUCUCCUACUGGACGCUCUGCGUGGUGUCGACGCAGGGACAAGGCUUCGUGUACGACAUGACCCAGCGACCUCCCACCUUGACAACCCAUCUGACAAUUGAAAACGAUGCGGUUGGACAUCUGGAUCAGAGCCAUGAUGUCGUGAUAUACUCCAUGGGCCCACAGGGCUACCAUGUUCACAGCAAGGCAUCUGGGGAGUUGCUCGGUGCGCUGCUUCCGUCGCAGUGCACAGAAACAUAUCAUAUCCGCCCGCCCAAGGCCGGUUCUCGUUCGGCGACCGAAAGGUUGAUACACAGUCUCGCGACGCAUGAUAUGCACGGUCCCAACGAGCCCAUCGGCCGCCCAUCCAAUGACCACCUGGCGCCAAUAAAACUGGGAAAGGGUCCUCUACCGCUGCCGGACGAUCCGGAACAUGUUCGGAACGUCGACGAUGAAUGGGGAGCGGGUAUGCUUAGCAGCGAUCUAUUCGUUGGUGUUUCCCGUGCUGGUCGAGUAUUCGUUUGUUCGAACUGGCGCAAUGCAAUCCACGGCCCUGCCAAUCUUGCAUCCUGCAGCGCCAUCAUCGAAUGCGAGUCCGACGGUUCAACAUUUGACCUAGGCGGUUGGUUGUCAGUGCGCAACCACCGGCUGAUGUUCGAGGUACAAGACCGGGCCUACGUUGUCGCGCUGGAUGACGAUAACCGAAUUCAGGACAUUGACUGUCCAAGUCGCGCGUCAUAUUCUUUCCUUACCUGCUCAACGCCCCAGCUCGCCGUUCCCGUUAGUUUUAUGGCAUUGUUCGACGACGCCAUUAUGAGUACAUACACUACACUUGGUCGCCAACAGCCGCCCCCCAACCGUCCCGGCGCCCCGGACCCCGGUGACAACACAGGACCUAUGCGCAUCUUUCCCACCAAAACCAUUCGCAUUCUGAGUCUGACGCCUGAUGGCACGCCGGCUCCAACCGGGCAAGCAUCCCGUCUGCGGAACCCGGAAUCGGAGAACUCUGAUUCACCUGCGGCCGGACGAGAAGAGGACGUACGUUCUCGGGGUCUCAUCCAGUUGCUCAGUAUGCUUCGGGAAGAGUAUGAUGAAGAUGAAGGCGUGGAGGAUAUAACUGGCGAAGAUAGAGAGGGGGGGGCGGAGGAAGACGACGAAGAGUGGGAAGACCUGUCUGAAGACUCGGACCAUCGUGUAGGUAACUAA